GCCAUCUCAUCGCCAGCUGAACUUCGAUUAUCAACUGGGUAAAACUCGGGCCUGCUUGAUUGCAUCAACUGUACUCUAGUCUAAGAUAUGCUCUCGCGCUCAGUCCGUGCAGAAACCAGAAGCAGAGCGAAGGAGGACAUCAAACGGGUUAUAAAUGCCAUCGACAAAGUCAGAAAAUGGGAGAAGAAAUGGGUGAAUAUCGGAGACACAUCUAUGAGGAUUUUUAAAUGGGUUCCUGUUUCCAAUCCAGAUUCUCCUGGCAAUCACCAAAGCCGUAAAAAGCUGUUUAACAACAAAGGAGGCAAGACUGCACAGAAUGACAAAGAGAAUAAUAAGGAGAGCUCUAAUGCGUCCCUGUAUGGCGACGACAGUACGAGGCAGUCUAGUAACGGCAGUGAGAAUCUAAAUGAAGAUUCCAACAUGUCGUUUCCCGACAAUUCAGUUCCCGAGUUCUCCCAAGACAGUAACGACGGUGGUGAGAAUACAUCCGAUCUCAGAGAUGCCAUGAGAAUGAUGAGAGAUGAAAAGGAAAGUUUGUUAAAAACUGGAGAAGACACAAAUGAUUCCGAGCCUCCCGUCUUGGAACCCGAGACAGACGAACCCUCGGCAAAGAAACACAAAGAAGACUCCUCGGGGUCUAGUUGAAGAUAGUGAUGACGUAGCUCCUCACUUUCAUCACAGUGCUUGUGGUGCAGCCAGUAUUGAUUCAUAUUGAAACACUUUAAUACCUCAGUGGCAUUAUUUUAAAAUGAACAGUUGUCUGUGUUUUUAUAUCAAAUAAGAUGCACUCUCAUUUUUUUUAUCAUCAUGUUAUAUAAUUCGCUGAACAUGUCACAAAUCACUUAGUACAAUCACUGGUUCGUUGUCACAACAAAUGUUUCAGUUUGCGCCAAAAGACGUGGAUUAUUUACAAUCAUUGACAAUGUAACACAGGUAUACAGGGAACAUUGUGUUCCGUAUCACAUCGUGAUUUGCUACACAAUGUUCAGAGAUUGCUACACACUUCUAAAAUCUUAAAUAGUAGUUGCUAUUCAAUUUUCGACUGAUCACCAACUGUCGCUAAUCAAAAUUUUUAAAGCAAAAUGUUUCCUGGUAUAUUAGAUGGUGGGUGUGGGAUGUCGAAAACUUAGGAAUGAGGCAAAUAGUUUAACCAUUUUCAUAAUGGUCACUGAGCAAUGCUGUUGGUGAAGCUUCAUUUCCUGAACUAAUUCAGUAAACAUUUUACUAUCCCAACCCCUGUAUUAAAGAAUACCCCUUCUAAUAUGCCUAUGGUGUCGCAGUUUGUAAUUUAUGUGCAUGAAUGUGGGAUGAAAUAAACAUUUUGUUUGAAUGAAAAGUCGACUCUGUAACAACCCGUUAAUGUGGGUGUACCUGGAUCUAUUAUCAUUGCAGUUUUCAUAAGUCGUGAUAAAUCAUGUUAUUUUAUUAUUUAUAUACAUGUUGGGCAUGUGUGCAGGACAUUUGUUAAUUGGGGUUAUGUCCCCUGGAAAAUACAGUAUAUAAAUAAAAAUAAAAAUAUUGGAGGGGUUUCAGUCCUCAACCCCCCACCCCUAAAAACACAUUCCUGCAUGAAGAUGAUUUUAACAGCUGUUUGUAAAAUCAAGACUGGCCAACACCGAGUGUUUUUGCAUAACGAUAAGUAAAAUCAAAAGCUGAAAAAGAACAUGGUCUAUAUGACUUAAAUUUUUCCAUGACUAAUAAACAACAUAGGACCAAAAUAAAUCUGGAAAACUAUGCCGGGUCUUAAAAAUUAGGAAGAUUAUAAGAAAACAUUUUUAGAGUAGCAUGGAAAUCUGGAAUUCUGGAUGAUUAUCAUCUUUGCCAUGACCACUAGAAAUCCUUGAAUGAUUAUUUUAUAGAUGUUGUACACAAUUGUGUAUGCAACAUGUAAAUUAUUUUGGUAUUUACAUUUAUACUGUACCAAAAUUUUUAAUUUUUUAAUUUUAUGUUUUUUUUGGUCUAAUUGUGAAAUGGUAAAUACAAGUUACACAUACAGUGAGAGGUUGUAACUUUCUACACUGGGCUGUAUAUAUUUGUAGAGUACGGCAGUAGUGUUAGGAACUUUUUUUUACGUGAAAUUGCUAUAGAUCUAAUUGCACAGAUGUCUUUAAAAAAUGGGAAAGUGAUUAUUUCUUCUUUUUAAAGGAAUAAAACAUGCUGCCGUCAUAGGUUAAUUUUUUUUUCAUUGACAUUGACAAUAAUGUAAAACACACACGCACACAACUUUUUAGUAACCCAAAUGAACAAGUAUAUUAAUGUGUGAAUGAUCCUACAAUCUCGGAUGUUUGACUAUGGAAAUAAAUCAUGUUCAAUGAAAGGGAAUAAAUUUGAAAUGUUUUGUCUGGCAUAAAUGAAUGAUUAGGUAGUACUAAACUAAAUAACUUCCGGCUGGGUCAAAGUUUGAGGUGCACCUAACUUUUAAUAGGGCAGCUAAUACCUGCUGUUGGUGAUAAAUGUGGACAAAAAAGGCAGCAUGCAGUUUUAUUUCAUAGAGUACCACUGUCAAGUAGUGUUGUGCUUGAAACAUAUGGGAUACCUGUAAAAAAAAAAAAAUUGUGCUAGGGGCAUGUUGUAAAAACAUUUGGUUAUAUCGAAAAUGAACCAUGAAAGUACCACUUUCUUCAGUUAAUACUGAGGUAGGGUUUGUAGUACUGAUGUGUAUGGGUCAGCUUGGUUGAUAUGUUGCAUAUAGUGUUUUUAAACACAAACGUUAACUUAGUUGCCUAUGUGAUUUUAUUUGGUGUAAUACAGCCAUUAACGAUACCCCAGCACAAAACAAUAUAAUACAAAUGUAAAUAAAAUCCCCAAAAUGGUGGCACAGGAGUCGAACCAUUGUUUUUAAGACUCGUAACAGUUUUAACAGAUCGUUGGGGAGGAUUAAGGCUAUUGCAGACCAUUAACCCAAGUCCUAGACAGUUCAGAUAGCUGACGGAGGUGAACACAGAUAUAAAUAAACGGAGUAAAAUGACUGCAUUAUGAACAAUGAACAAACACUAAGGCUGGUAUUACGUGCCAAUAUUUUUCAGAAACAAAAAUGUUAGCAGUGAUGAGUUCUUAUUCAUUGUGAGAUUUCCAAUUUUUAAAUGUGUAUGAUCAUGUGUGUGUAUGUUAAAUUGUAUGUGUAAAAAAUAUACCUGAAAAUAAAUACAUAAAAAUGUG